AUGGCCGCCGUCAAGAAAGAAAACUCUCUGCAUCUGGAGAAUGUCCAGCCCGAGUCCGCGGGAGACGUGGAGAAGAACGAGCAGCCUGUCCAUGUCUCGGCGACUGAGGAGGCUUAUAUACGCAAGAAGUUUGACCGUCGAGUUCUGCCCAUCGUGUGCAUUCUCUACGUGCUGUCCUAUCUAGACAGAGGUAUGCCCCCUACUAUUACACCAAGCCUCGAACUCAUCAGUGCAGGCAACAUCGGCAAUGCCAAAACCGCUGGCCUCGACAGAGACCUGGGGAUCAGCGACGCGCAGUGGGCCUGGGUCCUGAACGCGUUCUACAUCUGCUACGUGCUCUUCGAAUGGACGACCGUCUUCUGGAAGCUCUUCCCCGCCCACAUCUACGUUACUGCUCUAUGCAUCUGCUGGGGAGCAGCAGCCAUGUGCGCAGGCGCCGUCGACAACAUGGCCGAGCUGAUCGUGUGCCGGUGCCUGCUGGGCGUCUUCGAAGCGGCCUUCGGCGCCGGCGCCCCCUACUUCCUGUCGCUGUUCUACCAGCGGCGAGAACUGGGCUUCCGCGUCUCCAUCCUGCUGGGCAUGUCCCCCGUCGCCAACUGCUUCGCCAGCUCCCUGGCCUACGGCAUCACGCACAUCCGGCACUCGACCCUCGAGUCAUGGCGGUUCCUGUUCAUCAUAGAGGGCGCCCCCACCGUCCUCUUCGCCAUAGCCGUGUUCCUCUUCCUCCCCGACUCCCCCGGCACCGCAAAGUUCCUCACCGAGUCCGAGCAGACCACCGCCGCCGAGCGCCUGCACACCGUCGACCGCACCGCAAAGAACCGCCUCGACUCCCGCCAGGUCCUCGCCGGGCUCGCCGACUCCAAGAACUACGUCCACACGGCCAUCCACUUCUGCUGCAACUUCUCCUUCGCCGCGCUCUCCAACUUCCUCCCCACCAUCAUCCAGCACAUGGGCUACACGUCCGUCAACGCCCAGGGCCUCUCCGCGCCGCCGUACCUCGUCUCGUUCCUGUGCUGCGUCGCGGCGGCCCUCUUCUCCGAUCGAUACGGGCGGCGGGGGCUGGUCAUCGUGGUUUUCGCCACCGUCGGCAUGGCCGGGUACCUGCUUCUCGCGACAAUCCAGGAUGAGAGUCGCGUUGGGCCGCGGUAUCUAGGCGUGUGGCUGGCGACGUGCGGCGUGUUCCCGGCGCUGUGCAUCAACAUCACCUGGCUGCUGAACAACCAGGGGGGCGACUCGAAGAAGGGCGCGGGGAUGGCGUUGCUGGCCGUGUUUGGGCAGUGCUCGAGCUUCGUCAGUAGCACUGUCUUUCCGGACUCGGAGGGACCGAUCUAUGUCCGCGGCUGUGCCGUCGGCUGCGCGUUGACCGGCUGCAUUGCGCUCAUGGCCGGCGGUCUCUACGUGAAGCUGGACUACGAGAAUAGGAAGCGAGAUAGGCUGUACGGGCCGGUUACGGAUGAUGUCCGGAUUGAUGUGACGGCGGACGGCGAUGCGAACCCGCGUUUCCGAUAUUUGGUAUAG